AUGCCGUUCAUGGACGCGCUCGGGGAGAUCUCCGACGACUCCUCCUCCGACGACGACGACGUCGCGGCGGCCGGCCGCGCGGUCGCGGCGUCGACGACGUCGAUGCCGUCCUACGAGGAACUGACGAGUUACGGGAUGCGCGGGGGCGGAUCCCUCGUGGACACGCCGGAGUAUUUCGCCGCGGGGGAGCCCGCGCGCGCGGCGGCGGACGCGGACGCGAAGGCGGACGCGGCGCGCGGCGCGGGCGGGUCCAAGCGCGCCGCCGCGAAGGAACACGGCGCCUCGGACGACGACGACGACGACGCGUCGCGGCCAGAAUUCAUCAAGAACGCGUUCGGGAAGUGGGAGGUGUCGAGGCACAAGCGCGCGAAGCGCGAGGCGCAGCUCGCGGAGGAGGCCGCGGAGAGACGCGCGAACCGCGGGCCGACGUGGGGGGAGCAGCGCGGGGAGCUCCUGCGGCGGCAGGCGGCGACGAGGAACGUCGCGUCGUUCGAUCUGACGCGCGCGUUCGGCGCGGCGGCGCGAGAAGACGACGCGUCGUCGCGCGCGCGAGAGGCGCUCGCGCGAGGGGGGGCGACGGCGGGAGGGGGAGCGCGCGGCGCGACGUCUGCGCCGAAGCGGAGUCGACACGACGACGCGGAGGUGUUGGUCGCGGAUUAG